GCAUCUUCGGUUCGCACACGGAAGCACAACCGGAUUUGAUGCAAAACCUCCAACCUGUCACCGUAGAUCCGUCUGAAAGGAUUGUGUCGUUGGCCCAAAGAAGAUUAAAUCGAUUCGGCUUUUGUGUUUCAGUGUUUCAGCGCAGACACGAUGAAGACGGCUUUCGUGGCGCUCGCCAUAUUUCUGUGUGGAGCACUGCCAUCUAAGUCUGAUGGUGACACAACUGGAAAAAAUCCGACAACGCAGUUUGUUAUUAAUGCCAAUCAGUCAGCAGCAUUUAUUACAGAUGCUAAAAACCAAACAGCAGAGAAUGUAAAGGCGGAUGAAACUCUGGGGAAGUCUUCAGUAAUGUCAAAUACCACAGAAUCAAGUCAGAUCAAAACAAACAAACCGGAAGAGAAAAAGCUCAAGCUAACUACACCAGCACAUGAGGCGGCAAAUGUAAACAAAAACAAAAAUGUAACAACACCUGCAGAGUCUGGAACCAAAGGCAAGGACCAAGUGGUGGCAAAGGCCACCAAGAAGGACGAUCCAGAGGACGAUCCAGAGGACGAUCCAGAGGACGAUCCAGAGGACGAUCCAGAGGACGAUCCAGAGGACAUCACCAAGGGAACAACUCAAUCAGAGAAUAAAAAAACAGACGUAGAGAACGACAAAAAACAAAGCGGCACUGUUAAACUGAAUGACGCUGGUAUAAAUGACGAGGAAGAAAGCAGUCAUUUCUUUGCCUACCUGGUGUCGUCGGCUGUGCUGGUAGCAGUGCUUUACAUCGCCUACCACAACAAGCGCAAGAUAAUUGCCUUCUUUUUGGAAGGAAAGAAAUCCAGAUCCGCACGGCGCCCCAAAUCCGCAGAAUAUCAGAAGCUGGAACAGCAUAUGUAAUCUGAUAUCGUCCUCUUGAAGCUGAAUGAAUCAAGCUUCUGAAUACACCGGGUUGUUGUGGGGAAAAGAGUAAAUGGACACUGUCGUCGGGUAUCUUCCUGAUCUACUCUGCAUUGAUUUCACCUUUCGUUGAUUGGACAUUCUUCUAUUUCAUACCUUUUUUUUAGAUGCUUAUCGUAGGACUAUGCAGCCGACAGAGAUGCCUUUACAGAGGAAAAUAUUGAAAUGCAUUCAAGGUAAAAUAAGCAUGCAAUUUUUGCACUUUGUGUCGUUUUUCCACUUGUAAGGUAAUCUUGUAAUUUGACCUGACUAAGGUCCUGACUCAGGAUGUUUCAGUAGCAGAUGAUGAAUGAUUCCAGAACACCAUUGAUUGCACUGCACUAAUAUAAGCCAUCUGUUUUUUUGUAAAAUAUUGUGUACAAUUUCUUUAAGUUUGUUUAAAAUGUCUUUUUAUAGAACCCGUAUCAAAGAUUUGGAUGUGCUAGUGUACUACAAUGGGAUCUCUGCUCAUAAUCACAACUAUGUGAAUGUAGUGACCUUCGUUUUCCAAAUGAGAUGCUAGAAAAGCCACUUAAACAUAUAAAUGUGUGUAAAGUUUUAUGAAAUGCGCUGAUCGGCUUUCUUUCAGAAAAUUAGAUCAGAUCAAUACCACUAAUAAUUCUGCUGAAAAUUACCAUAAAAGGUCAACGUAAGGGACCAUUUGUGCGUGUCGGUGCACCGACCUUUUUACCCUCAGCACCGCUGCUCAGCACUGCCCCCUUAAGGCAGAGGCUGCUCAUUACGCCGUUAAGUUUGGUGUCUUUGUUGCUGAAGCAUAGGACCCCCCCCCCCCCCCCCCCUCUUUUUCAUCGUCGACAAUAGAAAUGCUCCCAAUCUCCUGUUUAGAACCUUAAGGCUACAGCGAGCUGCCUACAAAAAGUACUCAAAGUGAGCAAACGGCUAGAGUGACUCAGUCCAAAUGCUACAGAUGCCUCCAAACGGCACCUUUUUUUUAAAGAUCACACUCUCUCUCCCCAUCUAACUCUUUGGAAGAAUGAAUAUAAGUAUAUCUGCUGUCAAGGCGUUGGUUUCAUGUGCAAAGGCCUCCUAAUUUAUCCAGUUUAAAUGUUCUUUGAGCUGUGGCAUUAAAAUGUUGUUUAUCUAAA